GAUCUUAUAUCUCAACUCGUUGCAUGUUGUUCAAGGGCCAGGCCCAGAAUCGAGAGAUAAGGGGUAAGAAGGGACAGUUGGCUUUUAUAAGCCGAACUGGUAAGACAUGGCAAUGUUAAGAGGCAAAUUUCAAAUUUUAACCAAAAAUAGGAAAAUUUUGUCAUUAUGAAUAUUUAAGGGAGUGCAAGUUAAUUUCAUAAAACACUCGCAUUGGCUAAUUGCAUUUCCCAGCAAGAAUCCAAUCGUCCCAACUCCCAACCUUUAUUUUCUCCGUUUUCCUGCUGAGACACCAGAUCUCUCCAUAUCACUCUGGCCUUCCUUUACCUUCCUAUGAUUUAUUUCCCAUCUCAAAGCUCGUUAACUAAUUCAAAUUGAGAUUUGAAAGCUUUCUUUUGAUUCAAACUUCGCUUUAUCUUUUUCUGGACAAUUGGCUUAGUUAAGUUUUCCGUGGCCACUGCCUAUUUGCCUUGGAAGCAAAAUUUAAAGCUGAGUUUUACCAAGUCGAAAACGUGCGAUCUUUCAUGGCAUCUUCAAGCAAAGCCAAUUUAACUGAAGAAGAAGAUGAUGAAGAAGAGGAAUUUGAACACUUCGAUGAUUUCACUUUGGCUUCUUCGUGGGAAAGGUUCAUAUCUGAAAUAGAGGCUACUUGUCGGCAGUGGUUAGCUGAUGGUCCAAAGAAUUUGCUGGAAAAGGGAGCAGUUCAUUUGGAUUCCUCUAAUAACAUAUAUAAGGUUAAAUCCGCGUUGAAAAAUGCUUCGAAAAUUUAUUCCAUGGAGUACUACUUUGAAAUCAAUAAUAAUGGCAAAAUUGCCGACUGGAAUUGCACUUUGCAUGAUCUGCAGAUUUGCUUUGGAGUAAAAGAAUUCUUGGUGAUUUCACCUCAAAGUGGCAGUGGUGUGGUACUCGAUGCGCCAGAGGCUAGCAAGCUUUUAAGUUCAGUUGCAAUUGCUUUGUCAAAUUGUUCAAGUUUGUGGCCAGCAUUUGUGCCAGUCCAUGACCCUUCAAGAAAAGCAUUUAUUGGAAUCCAAAACAUGGGAACAGUUUUUACCAGAAGGUUUGAGGCUGAUCGUAUUGGUAGCCAGGUUCCCAUAAAGUUCAUGCAUCUGGAAGGAUUGUAUGAGUUGUUUGUUUCUAAGUUUGCUUACUCCACAUUGGACCAUUCAAUGCAUAUUUUCAAAGUACAUCUUAUAAUGAAACUCACCUAUCGAACCCUUCCCAAUGACGACAACGACAAUGAUAUCCCAGAAGCUGAUGCUGAAAAUGCAGAAUCUGAAGCAUUGGCAGGCAGUGAUAAUCGCAAUAGGAAGCAUUGGGAUGAUGAUUGCCCUUGGAGUGAGUGGUAUUCUGCAGAAGAUCCAGUAAAGGGAUUUGAUUUAGUGACCACUUGGUCAGAAAAGGUGGUUGAAAGCUCCUUGGAAAUGGCUGAAAUGGAAAAUGCUUCACCCCAUGAAGCUGAGAAGUGGAUUCUAACUCCAAAUUUGUCCCCAAAUCUUGAUAGUUCAAAAGGAGACAGAAUUGGAUUUGCUUCCCAAAUGCAGCUUUUGGUUAAUGCACUGGCUAUGUCAUUUGAAGCUCAAUUUAUGGAGGAUUUCGUGUCAGCAGUUGAAAAUCCUGGUUCAGACAAUUUAAAGUCCUCUAUGGUUAUACCGCCACCUACAGUCCUUGACUGCGUGCUUAAAGAUCUUUUCCAUGAGGGUCUCCAAUUUCCUGAUUUUGCUAAAGGCAAACAUAAUAGUUCUCAAGCUAUUAAAGGCGCACCUGUUGAUUCUCUUUUUUCACAGUUCUGUUUACACUCAUUAUGGUUUGGCAAUUGUAACAUACGUGCCAUUGCUGUGCUCUGGAUCGAAUUUGUUCGAGAAAUUCGUUGGUGUUGGGAAGAGUCACAGCCGUUGCCUAAAAUGCCAGCCAAUGGUUCAAUUGACCUAGCAACUUGUUUAAUCAACCAGAAACUACAAAUGCUUGCAAUAUGCAUUGAGAAGAAGCGUGAACUGAAUGAAGAAUUUCAAGACUGUAUUGGAAGUAAUGAUGCUGAGUUUGCACAUAUGGAGGAAGACAUUCAAGUUGGAGAGUCGACUAGCUUUCAUGCUCAGAGUCAAGGCUUUGAUGGGAAACAUGACAGUCCCUUGACUCCAGAAGGUUUUAAUGAAUCUAAAACAGUUUUAUCAAAGUUUAGUACAAAUUCUCAAGAUGCGCAUUCUGCUGAUAAAAGUCCUUCAGAUUCUAUUAGGAGAGGCUCAGCUGGUCCUGUAGGGUCUAUGAAGCUUCUGAAAUCGUGUCAGAGCUUGCAUGCUCCAUUUACACAGAAUGCACCACUCAUGACAGAAGACAUGCAUGAAGAACGACUCCGUGCUGUUGAGGCCUUUGGUGAUUCAUUUAACUUUUCUGCACAGUUGGAGAGAGAAACAUUAUCUUCAGACAUGGCAGCCUUUAAAGCUGCAAACCCAGAUGCUGUUUUUGAAGAUUUUAUCCGGUGGCACUCACCUGGCGAUUGGGAGAAUGAUGGAAGCGAAGCAAAUUGUCUGUCCAAAAGUCUUGCAGAGGGUAUUAAGGAUGACUGGCCUCCCCGAGGACGACUUUCACAGCGGAUGUCUGGAGACGGGAACUUGUGGCGAAAGAUUUGGAAUGAUGCUCCUAUUUUGCCAGCUUAUGAUCAGAAACCACUGCUGGAUCCAAACAGAGAAGGAGAGAAGAUCCUUCAUUACCUGGAAACUGUGCGACCCCAUCAGUUGCUUGAGCAAAUGGUUUGUACUGCCUUCAGAGCCUCAGCUGACACUCUAAACCAGACAAAUUUUGGAAGUUUGAAGCUGAUGACCACUAAAAUGGACCAACUCUACCUUACUAUGGCAUCUACAUUAAGGCCUUUGCAAGUGAAGCCAUUAUCUGAAAACAGUGAGACAAUUGAAGACCUCAGACGGCUUUGUGUUGUCUUAGAACAUGUUGAGAAGUUAUUAACACUCGCAGCUUCCCUUCAUCGUAAAUUUCUACAAGCACCUAGCAUCUAUGAAGCUAUUUUCAGUGACUACUACAACUUUUACCUACAAACCACGGGAAUGGGCUCAGCUGAUGUAGAUGUUCAGAAGGAUUUUGACAUGAAGCUGCAACUAAGGCUGAAAGAGAGACAAGUUGUGUCAAAUAUGUUUACGCCUCCCGUUGCUAAUCAGUCGUGGAGAAAAGUUUUAAGCAUGGGAAAUGUUCUUAACGGCCAUGAACCGAUCCUCAGGGAGAUCAUCUUUUCCAAGCGUGACAGCACCAGUGGCAGUCACUAUGCAGUCAGCAGUCCCAGGGGUUAUCAACAGGAAAUAGAAACAUAUCGGAUGUAUAUAUGUGGAACCUCAAAUGAUCUCCGGGUAGCACUUUCUGUCACCUCAUAUGAUUAAUUUCUUUAAAAUAAUGUUGUAUAAAUGAUUUGUUGUUGUAUUGAUGGGUCUAUUUCCACCCUUUAGAAUUUUAGCAAUUGAUUGCCACUGCCAUAGGACAUUGCCUGGCAAACCAAUUCUUUUGCAUUUUAUAGACAGUGCAUCUCUAGAUGAAGUAGUUUUGUUUUCUUUUUCUUUUUCUUUUUUUUUUUUUCUGUUUUUAUUGUAGAGUAUAGUUCGUUCUUUCAUAAUGAGCCUCUGGCAGAAGUUAAGGAUGGUUACUUUUGUUUUAAUCAGGAUUUUGUUGGAAUAUAAAUCACGUGUGAGUAACGAAUCUUACAUCAUUAAAAAAUCUGAAUGAGA